AUGCAUCGAUGCCGCAGGGCCCUCCUGCGCGGCGCUCACGUGCUGGCGAUCGACGAGGGAACGGCCAACCUCGACGCCGCGACAGACGCGACCAUCCAGCGCACCCUGACAAGCUGGCGACGCCCCCUGGCCGGCGCGUCAACCGGCAGCGCCGGCGCGCCCGACGGCACCAUCCGCCGCCGCAGCAGCAGCAGCAGCGCCGACGGCGGCAACCUCCGCCGCCGGAGCGCCGGCAGCAGCAGGGGUGGGGGCGGCGUGUCAGGCGCCGCAGCGGCGCUGGCGCCGGCAGGGUGCAGCAUGAUCGUGGUGGCGCAUCGCCUGGAAACCAUCGAAAACUCCGACUUGCUCUUGGUGAUGAGCCAGGGCCGCGUCCUCGAGAGCGGGGCGCCCGAGAAGCUGGCCAUGCAGGGUGGGGUAUACGCAGCCAUGCUCAAGGCGGCGUGCGAGGCGGACGCGGCGGCGCACGCCGCGGCCACGGCGCCGCCGCCGCCGCAGCUCGGGAGCAUGCAGAGGACAAUGGGCGCAGGGGCCCUGCAGCGGACGUCGGGCGGCGCGGCGCAGCCGGCUGCGGCUGGCGGGCUGCGGCGGACGUCCGGCGGGGCGGCGCGGCCGGCGGGGUCAGAUGGGCUGCCGCGGGCAUCGCGCGGCGCCCGGCAGCAGGCCUCGGCUGGCGGCCUGCAGCGAACGUCUGGCGGGGCGCCGCGGCAGGGCGCGGCUGGCGGCCUGCAGCGAACAUCUGGCGGGUCGCCGCAGCAGGGCGCGGCUGGGGGCCUGCAGCGGACUUCUGGCGGUGCGCUGGACUAG